CCAAUGUACAGCAUUACGCUUAUUACAUGCUGCGGCAGCAUCUUGGCUUGUUAAAGGCGACGAGCUCCGCUGGCAGCAUAUCGAUGAUAUCACUCACAAGCUGCGUCGGAAAUAGCACUACUCUAGGACACUCGUUGAUUAUCCUUGUGGUUUCUUUGCAGGAUUGUGCGCUGCACGCUUGGAAUAUUUUUACCGUGUGGAAAAUAUGGAGCGAUUUGUAGCUCAUGGGAAGACUGCUUUCCCACUGGCACUGGGAAUCCUGAUGUUCGCAGGAUUCGUCGCAGCGGCACCUACGCCAUCCAAAGAGCAACUAGCGCUGUUCUGCAAUUUAGAAUCAUCCGCGCCCGCCGCGGAGCAAAUGCAGGCGCUGUGGGAUUGCAUUGCGGCUAUCGGUACAAAUUUCCACCGGCUGGCAGACGCGAUCGGCCACACCGCAUCGACAGAAAACAGCACAACGGACAGUACGCUCUCCCUAUCCUCGCCAACGGCCCCAUCCACCAUCACAACCGAACCCACCGUUCGUUCCACACCACCAUCAACACCAGCGCAACGUCCCGCACCGGUUCACCGUCCACACGACGUCACGCCGUCCCCGGCGCCGACUCAGCGUCAACGCGAAAAGUCCUAUCUGCGACGCUUCGUUGAGGGCGUGGGACGCAUGGCGGAACAGCAUCCGUUCUUCACCAUGGUCACGGCCGUUAUCGUCCUCGUGGCGACCACGUUGGGUGGUAUGGUCGCUCUGCUGAUUCCUCUCUUCAACGCCAUGGAAAAGCGCAGUCUACGUGGACGUAUUGUGCUGAUUCUGAUGGCAAUUCUGGGCGUUCUGUUCGUAGCCUGGGCCCUGGACAACAUUUUUCAGGCGCUGUACUACUGAUGUUCGUGUCGUAACCUUGUACCAAAUACCUUUUGGAAUCUAUCCCUUGUGUUGUGACUUUCGAUAGCCGCUUAACUAGUUCUGUUUCAACGUUUAGUCGACAGAAAAUUUUUAGAAAGAGUUAUGAAACAG